GUCAUUUGUAUAUAAUAAGAUCUAAACUUUAGGUUACUUUUGUAAGUUUUAUAUUCUUUUUUAGCUAAACGAUUUGUGUGUCGACAGGUAACAACAAUAGGGGCGGAUUUUGGCUGCUUAUAGAGUCGUCGUUGUCACUGCUUAUGUCGAGUUUCAUUUCAACGCAAACUUAUCAUCUAACUCCGGAUCAAGAAUUUUUCUACCUUUUUAUUUUCUUAUAUCUUUCGAUAACUCUUAUUUUAUGAAGCUUUCUUAGACCAUGUCCAACGGUGGAUUUCACCCGGUCCAUAAGAGAAAUCCUUAAGCAUAAUUGUAAUUAAAUACUAUUAUUAGCGUUAAAUCGACGAAGGAUUGGUCCGUCGCAGCGGACUUAAGGAUUCAAUCCUUAGCCACGCGUCACGUGGUGAGUGGAUCGAAUUUGUGUUUGGUUUGUGUAGGGUCGAAAAAAAAAAUCAUUCUCGAGCCAAACCGAAAAAAAAAAACUCCUCUUCGACAUAAGGCGAUUUCGAGACGAUUCUGCUCGAUCUCUCAUCCUCGGCUCGUGUAAGAUAAACGAUAAUGGGACGAUACAGUUACAGCCAGCCUUCUUCCUCCUCACACUCUCCAGACUUAACCUCCCUCCUUGAAGCCGAAUGUGAGAUGUACGCGGCUGAAGCUGAGAUUACUCGGUGGAAUGCAGAAGCCAGUGACUGGGAACCAUCAGCAGAGGGUGAUGAUGGCAUCCCAAGGACAUGCUACUGUGGUUCAGAGCCAGUUCACGGAUACUCCCAAACGCCAAAAGAUCCAUACCGACGUUACAUAACGUGCUCCAAUGCCGAUGAUAGAGACUGCCACGUCUGGAAAUGGUGGGACGUGGCGGUGGAGGAGGAGCUGAGAGAGUUUCAGAGGGAGCUUAAUGCGGUUAAGGGUGAAGCGAAUCAACGUGAGCAGAAGUUACUCCGUCUUGAGAAGCAAGUUUCCGAGUUCACAAAGAAGAAAUCAGGAGCUAAGCUAAUGGUCUUCAGCUUAGUGUUAGGGUUGGUGUUGCUUAUUGUGCUAGGAAUACUUGGAAAGGAUUCAGAGGAUUGGGGCGUACGUGCUUUGUUUCUUUAACGAGGUAAUUAUAUUAUUAGUAGUUGUAGUAAUUUAGUUUCGAAACCGGAAGGAAAAUUAAAUGUGCUUUUAGGUUUUGAUUUGCUUGGAAAGAAAGUAGUUGUAGUUAUUUAGAUUCGAAACCGGAAGGAAAGAAAGUGGUUGUAGUAAUUUAGGUUUGAUUUGAUGUGCUUUUAAUUAGUCGAGUAGUUAAUGAACUCAUUUGCUUUCCACCUUCUCAACUGCUCUGAUCUGAUUGCUAUUAAUCGAGUAGAAGGCUUACUUAAGCCCUCUGUGUCACUAGUAGAGUGUCACAGAGAAACAAUUAAAACAAUGGCUAAUGGAAAAAAUUUUAGUAAUCUUCUCUUUAGUCAAAUUCCAGUUGACCUUGAUUCACCUGAACCUUUUUGGUUCGGUAGUCAAGGUCCUGAUGACUCUCCUUUCAUGAGUGCUCCCGACGUUCCUGCUAAGUCUCCUGUGAGCUCUUCUCCGGACGUUCGGGCAAAGUCUGGUGUGAAUCCAAAUGCCUCAUGUCCUGAGAGGAGAAAAUGGACUCCCAGAGAUGAUAAAAUCCUUAUUGGUGCUUGGCUAAACACCAGUAAGGACCCUGUGAUGAGCAACGAGCAGAAGUCCACUUCUUUCUGGAAGCGUAUAGUAGAGUACUACAACGCAAGUCCUCUCCUCGCUGGGACAGUACCGAGAGAGAUCACCUCUUGCAAGCAGAGGUGGUCUAGGAUUAACGGCGAUGUAUCCAAGUUCUGUGGCUGCUACGAUGCGGCUCUGAGGGAGCAGAGAAGUGGGCAAAACGAUGAUGAUGUGAUGAAAACCGCCUUGGACAUUUUCUUCAACACGGUCGGCUACAAGUUCGCCAUGGAUCACUGCUGGAGGGAGCUGAGAUACGACCAGAAAUGGUGCUCCCACUAUCCUGCUAAGGACGCUGGAAAGGAGAAGCGCAAACAAGCUGUGGAGGUGGAUACAGAAGUGGCCGAAGGUGUCGAUCCAGAAGUUAGACCUCGCGGGGUUAAAGCGGCCAAAGCUAGUACCAAGAAGAAGAAGAGUGGCAGGGAGGAGGAGUUGUCGAGGCUACAUGGGGUUUUAGAAAUUAAAGAGAAACUGUCUAAACAAAAGCUUCUUGAUCGUUUACUAGCUAAGAAAGAACCUCUCUCAGAUAUGGAAAACAGUCUCAUGCUCAAACUAAUGUCCGAAAUGAUAUGAUCUAUUUUCAAUCUUGCUUUUGAGGUAGAACUGUUUGUGUACUGAUUGUUUUUUAAUGGUUAUGACACGGUACUAACUCUUGUCACUCUGUUUUGACAGGUUCGCAUGUGGGAAGGAGUCACGGGUCUUUAUCUGAUGGAGUAGGAAUCACGGGUGAUGGAGUAGGAUUCACGGGUGAUGGAGUAGGAAUCACGGGUGUAGUUGUAUGAGUCACGGGUCACUCUCUCUAGCAUAUGUAUUAUAAGUAGUAGUUGUAGUCUUUGCAGUGUAGUCUCAUUGUUUUCCUCUUGAGAGUCAAGUUCAUGUUUUCAGAGAGUUUCUAAAGUACUCUCAUUGUUUUCCUCGGAUCAUAUGUACCAUUUCACGGAUCAUAUGUAAGCUUCACUUUGUAUCAAAACUUAUGUAACAUUAUAUUCUUCUUUGUAUCAAAACUUAUGUAACAUUAUCUUCUUCUUUGCUUACAUAAUCUUGUUUACAUAAUCUUCUCUUUGUAUCAAAACCGCUGCACAUAAUCUUGUUUACAUAAUCUUGUUUACAUAAUCGGCUGAUAGAAUAUAACUGUUAAUAAUCAUGCUAACAUAAUUUUGUAAACAAUCUUGUUAGUAAUCUUGUUAUUAAUCUUGUUUACAUAUCUCUUUGAUCCAUCUUUGUUAAUAAUCUUGUUAUUAAUCUUGUUUUAGAUAUGCACAUUUGAUUCCUCUUUCAACAUUCCACGUGAAGGUUACAUCGUACAAUACAGUGAGACACUUGUUCUUUUGGUGCUGAGAUCUUCAUCGUCAAACCGGUUAGUAAAAUCACAAACGGUUUGUAAAAUCACAAACCAUCAAAUUUUUUUUUUUUUUGUAAUAUGACUAGUAUUUUAAAUAACAGCUCAAAACUAAAGUUCUAUAAUAAUCGUAAUAUGACUAUUUAAAAAAAAAAAUGUGCAUAUCUAAAACAAAAUAAAAUUUUAUUUAUCUUUAAAGUUCAAUAAUAUUCCUAAUAUGAGAAUGUUCAAAAUUAAAGUUUUAUAAUAUUGUUAAUAUGAUAAACUUUAUUUUAAAAAGUUCAGAAUUAAAGUUCAAUAAUAUUCCUAAUAUGAGAAGGUUCAAAAUUAAAGUUUUAUAAUAUUGUUAAUAUGAUAAAAAUUUGUUGAUGAAAGGUUCAAACUUAAAGUUUUAUAAUAUUGUAAAUAUGAUAAACUCUAUUUAAAAAAGUUCAAAAUUAAAGUUUUCUAUGAUUAACAUAUUAGGACUUCUUAAAAUGUCAACAUCUUCAUCCGAUGGUCUAGACGAAAGAAUAGACGAACUUGUUGAUGAAAUAGUUGAAGAUUACUACAACGACAUAGUGGAGGACCAACCCGAUGAUGAGGCGAACCGUGCUUAUAUUGAACGAGACCGUGAAGGAGGAGAUGAUCAGUUAUGGAAUGACUACUUCAGUGAAGACCCGACAUACUCGGCACAAAUAUUUAGAAGACGUUUC